GAGCUCGGUCACCGGCCAAUCGGGUGCGCGCAUUAUUCGGAUGUCCGAUAGAUCUGGGGAGAGAGCGCUAGUCCCAAACCGGCUUAUCAGCAAUCCCCUUCACCGCCUCCGAUAGCGACGGGCAAUUUUUUUUGUCAGCGUGUGGAUGACUCUUUGGUCCCAGUAACCAGUCUGGAAGAGUGAUUCGAUUCCCACAAUCAGCCUUGCGGGAUCAGUUGCCAACUCGACUCUCUCGUCUCCUGUGGGUUUCAGACUGCGUUCUCCUGGAACAUGUCCUCUUCGCUCCCCGGCAAUCGGGAGCUCCCCGCAUCCCAGUAUGAUCUCAGUACCUACUGGGGUCGCGUGAGGCAGGCCGCCGAUAUUUCGGAUCCUCGGAUGCUUUUCGUAUCCUCAUCCGGUCUGGAGCAGGCGAAGAAGCUGGUGACCUCCUACAAGCAGGGCGAGAUUCCAUCAAUGACCCCGGAGUUGUGGCAGGCCAAGAAGGUGCUGGAUUCGACACUUCAUCCUGAUACCAGCGAACCUGUUUUCCUUCCCUUCCGCAUGUCCUGCUUCGUCUUGUCCAAUUUGGUUGUCACCGCGGGAAUGCUCACGCCUGGGCUGAAGACUACUGGCACGCUCCUGUGGCAGAUUGCCAACCAGUCGCUCAACGUGGCCAUCAACAGCUCCAAUGCCAACAAAUCCACGCCGCUCUCCGUCUCCCAGAUGGCCAAGUCCUACUGCAUGGCUGUCUCCGCAUCCUGCUCGGUGGCACUUGGUCUGAACGCACUUGUUCCCCGAUUGAAAAGCGUUUCCCCCAACACGAAGUUGAUCCUGAGCCGUUUGGUGCCGUUUGCCGCCGUCUCCAGCGCCAGUGCUCUCAACGUCUUCUUGAUGCGGGGUGAGGAAAUCCGACGAGGAAUUGACGUCUAUCCUGUUCUCUCUGAGGAGGAGAAGAAGAAACGUGAGAUCACCGGCGAAGGGUUGCAGAGUCUCGGGAAGAGCAAGAAGGCCGCUACGUUGGCGGUCGGUGAGACUGCUAUUAGCCGUGUGCUGAACGCGACUCCCAUCAUGGUGAUUCCACCUUUGAUUCUUGUGAAGCUUGAGAAGAUGGACUGGCUCAAGUCUCGACCCCGUCUGGUUCUGCCCGUCAACCUCGGCCUGAUCCUGACCACUUCUCUCUUCGCCCUUCCGCUGGCCCUCGGAGCAUUCCCACAGCGCCAAGCGGUGAGUGCUGAUAGCUUGGAGCCGGAGUUCUGGGGCCGGGGCGGUCAAGAUGGCAAGGUUGAAUUCAACCGUGGAAUGUAAUCUCGACAUUCCGUCGCCGAGUGAAGAUCUCACCAGUAGGGCAUGGGGUCGAAGCAGAGGCCCCGCCCACGCGAUUCUAUGCACCUCACUAGAAUAAAUCAGUGAAUCAUAGAUCAGGCGGGAAAGCUCAGUAUGGCUUGAUAGGAGCAAUGUCUUCGAGAUGUGCUAGUCUCGUCAAGUCGAGAAGGACGGUUGCGCCCUUUCUCUAUUUCAUAAAAACGGUCUCUUUUCCC